UAUAUGAAUAAUUCAGUCUAAAAUAUAAGAAGACCUGUAACAUCCCAAAACUACAGAUCAAUAGAUAAGUUAGGAAGCAACAGUCAAUAGAAAUUGCCAAAUUUAAGUGAUGUGAUGAAUCUAAAAUUGAAGCAACAAAGCGAAAAAGAGUUGCAGGAAUUGAUUUAAAAAUUAGUGAAACAAGUUUAAUAACUCAAUUCAGCAGUAAUCUAAAAGGACAAAUAAAUUCAACAAUAUGAAUUCAUGAUUAAAUCCCUUUAAAUUGCAAUAGAAAAAAGAGAUUGCAUUAUUAGCGCAUUGAGAGUGGAAAAGUAAUAAAUAGUUGAGGUCGUGAAUCCAUUGAAACCUAUGAUAAAGACUGAUGAUUCAUCAAGAACUCCUAGUUUGGGUCCAAAGAAAUCAUUGAGGACCAGAACAAAAGACACCAAUUUUGAUGAGAAUCUCUCCGCCAUCCUAGAUUCUGACUAUGGUAUUUAUAUUAGAAUUAGUUUGAGCAUUACUGAGUCAAUAUGUAAAAUGCUAUGAAGAAUUAAAUCAUUUGACAUAAAUUAAGAAUUUAGUUUCUAAUGAAGAUUAGUUCUUUGCAAACAUUUAGAAAAUGGAAUUGAGCAAUAUAGUUCACAUUUUUGAUGCAAUUUAACUAGUAUUGUAGGAACAUAAAUUAUUGUUCAAGAAUGUAAUCAAGCAAAAUAAACUAUUUGAUGCAUGCUUAUAGAUAUACGAAGUAAUAAUAAUUGUAGUGAUUAAUAUUAGUAAAUUCCUUUGAAUGAUUAAUUAGAGAGUUUGCAAGGGUUAUUGAGAGAUUCGCUAAAUUGUGAUAAGGUUCAAAUUUACGUAUUAGACAGCGAACAUUAGGAAUUAUGGACCAAAACUAAAGAUAGAGUCUUGAGAAUCUAAGCCAAUGAAGACAUAAUUGGAGCAUGUUUUUAGGAAAGAGGUUUAAUCAAUGUUCAUAAUGCGUACAAUGAUCCUCGAUUCAAAAAGGAAAAUGAUAAAGGUUACAAAACAAAUACAAUUUUGUUAUGUCCAAUUUUGGAUAAGCAACAGAAUUCUAAUGGAGUUAUUAUGGGAGUUAAUAAACUAAUUGGUCAUUUUAAUAAUGAUGAUCAACUAUUCAUUUCGAAAACAUCAGAAAUGAUAUCAAUAUUAUUGAGAAAUCAUCAAUAAUCAAGUGAAUCAAUUAGUAUUUAAAAUGCUCUCAGAAAUAUCAUACAUGUAUUUAAUUUGUAUUCACUUUUAGGCUUAAUUACAAUUAGUCUAUAUGAAUGAUUCGGAACAAAUCUUAUUCGAAGCAGAAAACUUGUUGAAGAACUUGUUUCAUACAUAAAAAGGCUUAGUUUAUGUUGUUAAUAAUAAUCGAUUGUUAAGGGUUAAUGAAAAGAAGUUACUAGAGGUAUCAUAACUAGGAAUUGGAAUUGUAGGGGAGGCUCAUAGAGUCAAAGAGUUUCUGUGGGUUCAGAAUGCUUACAAUCAUUAGUCGUUCAAUAAUUUAGGUUUUUAGUUUAAGUUAUAUUUCAGUUGAUAUUCAAACUACAAUGCCAAUCUAUUGCAUUGAAAUUGAAGGGAAGAAUCAAUCGGUGAUUUUGUAGGUUAUUAACAACAAAGGAAUUAGGUCUCAAAAGGUUAGCUCAUUUGAUCAGGAAUUGUUGGAGAUGUUCGGAAAAAUUAUUUUAAGUAAAAUUGAUUUUUUAUAAUUAUGA